AUGUCGACCCAGAGGAAGAAGGUCCUUCUCAAGGUUCGUACCCUUCUCCGUGUUGCCGCCACCACUUGCGAGGCCGACAGUCGUCAUGGGGCAUUGCAGUGCGAUGGACGGCUAGGAGAGAUGCUAGCUUUGCUUCUUGUCGGAAAGACGUCGCUCAUGAACCAAUAUGUCAACAAGCGCUUCUCUAAUCAGUACAAGGCGACCAUCGGUGCCGACUUCCUCACUCGCGAGCUCGUCGUCGACGACCGUGUCGUUACCAUGCAGCUGUGGGACACGGCUGGUCAGGAGCGUUUCCAGUCGCUCGGCGUCGCCUUCUACCGUGGUGCCGACUGCUGUGUGCUUGUUUACGAUGUCAACUCGAGCAAGAGCUUUGAGGCUCUGGACGGAUGGCGGGAUGAGUUCCUCGUCCAGAACUUCCCCUUCGUCGUCCUCGGAAACAAGAUUGACAUGGAGGAGUCGAAGCGCAUGCGAGCCAUGACUUGGUGCCAGGCAAAGGGCAACAUUCCCUACUUUGAGACUUCGGCCAAGGAAGCUAUCAACGUCGAGCAGGCUUUCCAAACCAUUGCCAAGAAUGCCCUUGCGCAGGAGGCCGAGACCGAGCUCAACAUGAGUGCCCGGGUUCUGGAAGCUCCGGCACCUCCUCCUCCUAAUCAGCCGCGACAACUCAAGGAAAGCUCUUUGAACCACUUACCGUCGCCGGCGCAUUCCUCGACGUCUAUCAACAAUGAUAUGAACGAGGCUAGCAGGCAGUCUUCAAUCGAGUACCCGCCGUCCGAUGACGAGUACAGCGACAGCGACGACGGAUUCUCCGACGAUGACGAGGACGAGAACAUCGUGCAUGGUGAGUUCUUGCCUGUUGCCGAGCUGACGUUCAGUCGAGGUUCGGCAGUCUCCGACAUCGACGCUGCUGCCGUCGUUCCUUGCCCCGAAUGUGUCCUCGAUGCUGCAGCAGCGGUACACAGCUCUGCGACCAGGCAUGACAGUUCCGGAAGAGUACUGGACGGACGUCGGGGUCUGGAGGUGCCGAUGGACCGCGCCGUGCUCAAGGUGCACCCGUACAUGGCCAGCUACGAGGAGGGGGAGAGUUUAACGUGUGCGCUGGACGACGAGGACGACAACACCACGGCCGCGAGCAUUAGCUACCUACCGAGCGGUGAGAUUGAGGGCCUCAGGCUCAUCUACGAGGACGAGAUCAAGGAGCGCAUGCUCGACUACAUCCAGACGUCGAUGGUGUUUGCGAGCGCCGAGCUCGACACGAACAUCAUCUCUUGGAACCGCGAUUCGGAUGUCGGAGCACGCGGUGUCCUGAUUGAGAUCAACAGCCACUCGUUGUUCUCAAAGUGGUUCUCCGAAUCGGGCAAACUCGUCCAGAAGCUCUUCGACCGCGUCCACGACUAUGCGCAGGACACCGAGUCCUUCGUCACCGUCAUGAUCGACGAGGUCGAGUCGCUGACCGCUGCACGAGCCGGCGCGAUGAACGGCUCGGAGCCUGGAGAUGCGCUGCGAGUGGUCAACGCGCUUCUCACGCAGCUCGACAAGCUGAAGCAGUUCCCGAACGUGCUCGUGAUGGCCACCUCGAAUCUGGCCGGCUCGAUCGACAGCGCCUUCAUCGACCGCGCCGACAUCAAGCAGCACAUCGCGUCUGCUGCGGCACCGCCGCCCCGAGCCGGCGGCCGUGGAGGUCGAGAGGGAGGGCAUGACGGCGUUCCCGAACCUGAGCGAGAUCAUCCACGCGGCCGAGUGCACGGCCCCUGCGGCGGCCGUGCCGACAAUCGACGACGGCAUGCCGCGCGCCGAGCGCCGGAGACUGCGCGCGCUCCAGGCCUCGGCGUCCCUCCUCGCGCUCGCGGAGCGGUGCGCGCGACAGCGGAUAUCGGGCCGCUUCCUGCGCCGCGUGCCCCUCGUCGCGCACUCGCGGUAUCUGAAGAAUGCGUCGGGGGUGCGCGUCGAGCGCUGGAUCGCCGCAUUUGCAAAGUGUAUCGACGACGAGGUCAAGAGCAUGACGAGCAUUGA